AUGUCGUUAUUCUUUUUAUUUAUUUUCUUCAAUUCACUUUUUAACUUUGUUUCUCCAUAUUCCAUUUUUGUAAAAAUUUCUUGGCGAGAUAACGGAGAAAAUGGAGAAAAUUAUUACAAACGCUUGGCUAAAGAAGAGGACGAAAGAUUUAAAUUGGAAUUGAAUGGAGAUCAGUUCGGCAAUCCAAGAUUGACUGACAUAAACGAUACAUUUCACUUUGAGAAUCUAAAUGCAGGCCCUUUUACAUUGAAAAUAACAAUUUAUGGGCUUAUUAAAGUUAGUACGGAUAUUGGCACUAUAGAAGAAAUACUGGAAAAUGAUACAAUAAUCUACAUCAUUCUUCGCAAAGACACUACAAAAUAUAUUAAAUACAUAAAAGUUGAAGGAGAAGAAUACUUUUUUGAGAACUUGAUUUAUUUGUUCAAUAAUCUUCGUGUUUUAAUUUUUAUUUGGCCUACUAGUCCUGCUGAAUCUAAGCAAAAAAUAAAUAGUAUAAUGAUUAAAUGUAAAGAUACGGAUAAUCUAAAUUUUGCAGCCAAUUUUAAUAGUAAUGUAGACGAUGUGGAAGGAAGCGGGCAAUAUAAAUCAACAAAUUAUGUGAAAACUUUAAUUUGUCCAAAUGGUGAAUAUACUUUAUUGGUUGAUUACAAGGUUAGGAAAAAAUAUUAA